UGCAUGCAUGGGGCCACAGCAAAUGUAUGAAGUAUGAAAACACGAGGAUGGAUGCUGCAUGAACAGAUCACGCAAUAACAAUAUAUGUUGACAUUCUUAUUCGUAGUUGAGCAGCGUCGUUGUUAGUAUCACGCUACCGAUUUUUGUCAAUAUCCGUCGAUAUCAGGACAGGAAGUUCGGACUUUGAUGAAGCCGUUGCCAUAGAGAUCUGCUAGUUUGUGUGUUCUUCUGGUCAACUUGGAACAUUCGCGAUGGCUGUACAGAGUUGGAUAGAUCAACUAAAAGCAUCGAAGAAAACCGCAAUAAUAAGUGAUGGAAAAAGGAAGGUCCAUUACUUGUUCAGUGAUGGCAAAGAGAUGGCAGAAGAGUAUGACAUGAAGACGGAUGAGCUCAUAAGCCGGAAGUGGCGAACAAAAACCACCCUGGGUGGACACGGUGCGUGGCAAGUGGAAGUAGGCGACCCUCAGCCUUCACCAGUCUCAGGGGAGCAGGAGACCAUCAGAGAAAGCAGCUCCAAUCCUGUGUUCAUGCGCAAAGACACCAAGGGCGAUUUUCAGUGGAGGGUGCGCAAUCUGUCUUACCCUAAAGAUGUCUACAGCGUGACUACAGAAGCUGCGGAACGCUCCUGCAUCGUCAGAACGUCAAAUAAAAAGUACUAUAAGAAGUUUACCAUUCCAGACCUCGACCGCUGCCAGCUUCCUCUGGACAACUCGGCCAUCAGCUUCACGCACGCCAACAACACCUUGAUAAUCAGUUAUAAGAAGCCCAAGGAGAUUGUGAGCCUGGAGCAGGAGCUGAUGAGAGAACUAAAGAAACUGAAGGGGACCAACGAAGGAGAUAUCGACUGCAAAACCCAGUGAAUGAUAAUGAGCAGAUAGGGGUCCCAUAUUCCAUACAGUACACCUGUGUGUGUGUGUGUGUGUGUGUGUGUGUGUGUGUGUGUGUGUGUGUGUGUGUGUGUGUGUGUGUGUGUUAAAACCUUCAGUCUGGAUGUCGAUAAUGGUUGCAGGAAAGGUUCAGAAGUGCCUGAAGAGGAAUGUGGAAUUCAUAUCUGAGUGAUGUGAUUCAAAAAUGUGCUGUAUUUUUCGAGAUGUAUUUCAGUGGAAAUGUGAAGUUUGUAAAUUUUUUCCAGAUGGGUGUGAAAGUUGUGAUUGCACAGUUAAGUUGAUAGAACUUUUUUCAUUCAUUUUCUCAAUACUACAGUAUACCUGGUAUUCUCGAUCACAUUGUCUUAAACUGAAGGAAUUCAACUAUACUGAAGAAUUAGACACAUAUGACAUCACUUUUCUGUAAAUGUGGAUGAAGUUGCGAACAGUUUUUAAAAAAAUAAAUAAGUAAAAUGAUUGACAUGA